CUAAAACAUCGUGAGAGUAUUCCAAAAAAAAAAAACAUUAUAAAAAGCUUCGUCAUCUAGUGAAUCAAAAUCACAAAUACCUUUAAAUAUAAUAAAAAAAACUUUUUUAUACAAAACAAGGUAGCUAGAUCAAUGGCAUCAUCAUCACAUAGAUACUUCGUUCUCUUAGCUCUUUUUGCAGUCUCACUAAAGUUUUGUUAUUGCCAAAAUGAGACUAUAGAUGUUGCUGGAUCGGGGACCGCCGGAGUUACUUGGUACGGCGAACCUGUCGGCGCCGGUAGCACUGGAGGGGCUUGUGGGUACGGUUUCGCGGUGGCUAAUCCACCAUUAUACGCAAUGGUUUCAGCCGGAGGUCCUUCAUUGUUCAACAAUGGAAAAGGAUGUGGAACAUGUUACCAGAUUAUAUGUAGCGGAAAUCCAGCGUGUUCGGGAAGACCAAUAACGGUGGCGAUAACCGACGAGUGUCCCGAUGGUCCUUGCGCCUCUGAACCAGUCCACUUUGAUCUUAGCGGCACAGCCAUGGGUGCCUUAGCCAAACCUGGCCAAGCCGAUCGACUUCGAUCUGCUGGUGUUUUACGUGUUAACUACAAACGCGCGGCAUGUUUAUAUCGAGGAACUAACAUAGCUUUCCAUAUGGACGCUGGAGCAAAUCCGUACUACAUUGCAUUUGUUGUCGAGUAUGAAGACGGCGAUGGAGAUUUGUCCUAUGUUGAAAUUCAACCAGCCGGCGGAAAUUUCAUCCCCAUGCAAGAAAUGAGGUCCGCCGUAUGGAAGGUCAACUCUGGCAGUGCCCUAAAAGGACCAUUCAACAUCAGACUUACUUCUGCUGAAUCUCAUAAAGUAGUCGUCGCUUAUAAUGUUAUUCCGGCGAAUUGGAAAGCUAGUGAAACUUACCGUUCCAUUGUUAACUUUAAGUAGAGUUUUCUUUGUCAUAUUGUAAUUCGACACAUUUCAUUGUUUUUCUCUAGUGAAACUACAACAUAUAGAAAGCUUAUGAUAUAGUAAUGAAUAAUAAAAAGAUGUAUGAUUU